AUGCAGUCGCAGGACUUCGUGUCAAAGACUGACUUCCCUGGCAGUCUAGGACCUUUGAAGGACAAGAAUGCUCCAACACUUGAAAGCAAGGGACCAUCCCUGAAGCGUAAACUCAACUUUGGUGACCUGGUCACCCCUCGAAAGCGACGUAUUCUGGAAUCGUAUUCCACAGGCGAUAUAUGUCAAGUUGCUACUGUAUAUUCUGAUGCUACGCGUAAAGUGGAUGCUCAACUAGAUCCCUUUGCGCUCAAACAAACCAUCUGUGCCUCCGGUGUCGAAGAACUGAUGUGCAUGGGUUUCUGCAAUGGCGCUGUCUCACCGUCCGUCACUGGCCUCACUCAAAUUCAGGUGUGUGUAGGCGCAAACAACCUGAAAGCCUUUGAGGCAUUUUUGUGGCUUCGACUGAGUUCCGUCAAGCUCAGUUCAGCACACUGGGACAAACUCCUGCGCCACCUUUCGAUCCCAACGCUUGUCGAACUCCGUGUUGAUGCUGAGUGCGCACCACCCACGCUCAUCGUUUUCUGGCCCGUCAUCCUGCUAUCAUCCUUCGGAGCCAUCGUGCACCACAAAACUUUGCCUCCCUUUAUAUUCCCUUACAAGCUCACGACGCAUCGCCCGAUUACAUCACCUCCAUUUUACAAUUGCAGCAAUGUUGUAUUUGUCGGGAGCCCAUUCAACGAUGGUUUGGUCCCCAAUGCUGCAGGUGAUACAUUGGCCUUAUCUGCGGCUUGGAUUCAAGCCCUUCCUCAAGUCAAGCGUGUUACUUUGCGAGGUUACUCAGCUACUGCUGCCGGGGAUCUUGUCGAGAUGAUGCAUAACUUUGCUGUGGGCGAUGUCGAACUGGUUGUGAAUCUGCAGAAGUUAGCGCAAAAGUUGGGCUUCCAACUCAUGAAUACAAAAUACAAGAAGUCCGUUCGAAUGAUUGAGGGUCCUUGUCAGGACAACAGCUAUCGCAUGUUUCUUUGCAAGUGUGCGCGAUGCUGCGACAUUGGAGGGGACGGCAUGCCUGGGAAUCCUGGCGGUAAAGAAGUGCCUACUGCUAUGAAAACCGUGCAUUUAUUGCAAGCUGCCAACUCGACUUCGUCGUCUGAACAUGAAGCAUCUGUGCUUCAUCUCGCUCGCCAGCAGCUGGAGCCAAAUGCUUCGCAGGUCGACAAUCUCGCCGCCGAGUUAUUUGCCAUCACACUAACCGACAAUGACGCCAAUCCAAACAAAGUUCAACAAGACAAGGGAAAGGCCUACCAUUCUCUGGAUAAUACCGCUAGAUUUACGGUAGAUGACACACAAUACAUUGCCCAAGUUCUCCAGGCUGCUGAGAAGCGGCGCCAUUCAAAGGCUCAAGCAGCCUUGGACAUUGUAGAGUCACGGAUGGACAGGGCCCGCAUUCGAAUCGUCUCUGCAACUUCUCGUGUUGUUGUGCAAACCAUCCGAGAUGAACUGGCUGUGAUGACGACAGCCCUCAGAAAAGUCAAGCUCAAGGUCUCGUCCAUCGUUUCUUGCAAAAGUCAGCUGGAGUCGUCAUGCGAUGACAUGCACAGACUCCUCCGCGACAAGGAAGAUGCGCUUCCUGUGUCAUCCGAGCCGCUCGAAUUCGAUUCCUGGGCCAUCUCCGUCGUCAUUUUUGGCAUCGGUCGCAGACACGGGGAGUUUCUCAUAGGAGUCCUUACUCUCAUUUUGAGCCUUGCUAUGGAGGCUCAGAACCCUCAUUCUGAGUCUCACUGUCACAAUAUACUCUCUCAAAUCCCGCGCUCUAUGGAAACUACACUUUCGCACUUCAAGCUGGAUAGCCAGACUACAACUUACACACAUCAACUCAAGUCACGUCCAAUAUCCCAUGAAGUGCUUCAACAUCCCGAUACCAGAGGAUGGUCCUUGCGAUGA